AUGGAAUUCAAUUUAGAUCUCUAUUUAAAAAUACCAUUUAAAAGCACUCGUUACAACAAAAUAGGGUUUGCGAUUCCCAUAAUUGAAUAAAGAAAGGUCAAAGGCAAUUUUAGAUCUGCCUCUUAUAAUUCACAAAGGCAAAAACAUUGUCAUGCUCUCUUAUUACCUAAACUAAAUAGUUCUUUUUAUUUAUUAAAAGAGAAUGAAAAUGAGUAGAAGCAUGGUUCGGUAAAAUCAAAAUAAGAAAAAAUUGACAAUUAUUUAAAAAGAUUCACGGAACCAGAUAAUGCUUCUAAAUCAAAAUUAAUGAGAGAUCUAGAUUAUAGGAAGCAAAUAACUAAAUAGAUGAAAACUCAAUUAUGA